AUGGAUACCUCAAUUGCUUCUGAGGAUACCCGAGCUGGGGGACGCUCCCGUCGUGUCUCGCUCCCGCCUGCGUACCUGCGAGCGUCAUACCAGUUGACGAUGCCGCGAGGUCGACUGUCCAACGGGAACCGUGGGGCGCCCUUACCCAAGAGCCUGAGCUUCCGCAAGAAGGGGAAGGAGGUGGUGCAGCCAGAGGAAGAUGACGGCACUGGGGCGGAGAGUGCAGAUUCGUCCAAGCGCAGCGAGGAUGAGGACGAGGAAGGCGGAGACACGUCGGCAUCAGGAUCAGGCGAAGAAUCAGCCGAGCCCGCUGAGGGGGGGAAGACGGACGACGAUGGGCGUGCGGGACCAUCCGCGGCCAACGCUGACACUCGCGCUAAUCACGACGUGGACGGACUGGUGGGACCCACACGCUGGGACACAGUGGACGCCAACAGCGAUGACGUGCGCAUACCGAGCCGUAUCCUCGAGCAACUCAUUCAGGCUCAGGACAAGAGCGCCAAGGAGAACGCGCGGUUGGAGGCGCUGUUCUUGAAUGCGAUGUCUCGGCCGUCCAGUGGCUCUCAUAAGCGUAAGGCGACCAGGCAGAGAGACCCGGGGCAGGGUUGUAUGAACCCGAAGCGUAAGCGUGGCGAGACGUGGAGUGGCGGGUCAGACGAUGACGGCGAGGACGACGAUGACGACACACAUGGAUCUGGUGGCCGUCAUAUGCGCACGGCCAAGUCUCCUAUUCUGCAGCGCGCCUUGGAGCAUUUGCCUGCGGACAAGGCGUGGAAGCGGGUGUGCGAGCUGGCCAGGGUGCACAUGUUUCUCAACAGGCCGACGUCGAUGAUGACCUUCUACCCGAGCAGCGACGACAAGACACACGGGGUGUGUGCGGUGCUGGACCGCCUGCCGCAUAGCUUCGCCUGUUUGGCGUUGGCGGCUGACAAGUCGCGUCGCGCUGAUCUCAACAAGACACUCUCUGAGUGGAAGACGCGGGCUGCCGCCCGCGUGCGCGACAUGCACUUCCCAAGCUCGGCUUGUUCCGCGACGAUCGGGACGCAUCCAGCCCAUGGGCACCGGAGAAGGAACGCAGUAUUGAGAAGAUCCGGGAGCGCAUUGGGUUCGGCGCUGACCCCCCUGGUGAGUGCGGUCUACCCCAGCAACCAGGCUUGCCACCGCAUCGUUAUGCUGUCACCCUCGUGCGUGACGGCCGUUGACACUGACCUGCAUGCACGUGGGAAUGCAGAAACACUGGUGCUCACGACAUGGGCGACAGACCGGGAUGGCAUGCCGUUCGCCUCUCGGGCGUUCGCGACAUGUGCGAAGGCUGCAUUCAGGCCCAAGAAGGCCGGCCUGGUGAUGACGCUGAAGGUGUACCACCUGGCCUGGUUGGAGCAUGUGGUCUCCGACUGCGUCCUCUACUGGGAGCAGAGGAAAGGCCGGCUUUCCAACUCGGCCGGCGGAAACGCCCACGUUGUGGACGGCCUCAAGGUCCUGGUUAAGGAGGCCGUGGAGAGGGCGAUCAGGAUCUGCAACCCGGAGUAUGACGCGGAGCGGGAGGCGUGGAUCUGGGGGCGCCAUGGUCUGCGCAUCUCUGCGUGCGGCCUGGAGCACAUGAGGCCCGCCGGCGCAGCCCAGCCGGAGGAGCCAGUGGGGGACGACGACCUUUCGGCAUCCGUGGGGGAUGAGUAG